UUUUCACGACACUAGGAAAACCUUCUAGCCUCUAUGACAUGGCGCUCUCCUCGCGUCUUUCGUGUGGACACGUGUGUGACAAUUCAAGCGAGUUGAAUCCGUCGGAGCUUGGGACAAAAACAUACUGGGAAGAAGCAUAUCAAGAUGAGCUGAGUAACUUCACAAGUCAUGGCGAUGUUGGUGAAGUGUGGUUCGGCAGCAAGAAUGAACAUCGUGUCACUACAUGGAUGCUGCAGCAUGCUGAGAAGGCAAGCCAUAUUCUGGACAUCGGUUGUGGAAAUGGACACCUCCUCAUACACUUGGCCAAGGAGGGCUUCACCAAUCUGACAGGAGUUGACUUCAUUGAGAAUGCGGUGACUCUUGCAAGGAAACUGGCAGCCAAGGAGGCUGUUGUUGUCCUCUUUGAAGUGGGCGACAUUUUGGAACAGGAACUGCCAUGUCCCUGUUUCUCAAGGAAAUACGACUUCGUUUUGGACAAAGACCCCUGUAACCUUUUGCGCUCUGUGGAAGAAAUGUUACUAAGCUUAUGGUGCGGACAACACGACCCUCACCUCGUAUCUCUUCCCAACUUCCUUUCAGACUGUGCAGAACGAACAUACGAUGCUAUCAGCCUCUGUCCAGACAAUCCACAAGAAAAGCGCAUGCAUUACCUCCAAGUUGUGUCCCGAAUUCUAGCACCUGGAGGCCACUUUGUGAUUGUGUCAUGCAACUGGACACAAGAAGAGCUCACAGAUCACUUUGACAGAGAGCUAGUGCUCGUGGAUACCAUACCAACACCUACGUUUUCAUUUGGUGGUAGCCAAGGAAGAUCUGUCACAGCACUGGUUUUUGGGUUCAAGUCUUCCAGGGUGAAAACUUAAUGUUUCUAUGCUUAUUCAUUAAAUGUAUUUCAUCUCUGAAAA